GCGUACACAGGGCAUCGUUGGCUGUGCUUGCAACUGGACAAUACCUGGCGGCGCUGUAUUCCAAUCGAGAGCGGGGAUCUCAUGAUAGAAUCAAUAGACAGUGGCAACCACACGGCGCGGCUCGUCAUGAUCGAUUCAGCUACUCCUGAAACAGGAAAAAAGCUACUACAAUCAGAGGACGUCACAUUUACCGUUCUGAGCGACGAGGGGCUCGCAGCGUCCUUGAAACAGCUGCGCCUUGACGAAUUAGCGCUCUACGGACCUGAAUUCGGAGAAGCUGAUAUCUGGAGCCUACUGAGGUGGUUUCAGCAGAGGAGGAGCGAAGGAGCAGCAAACCAUGUAGCUCAUGCCACCGGUGACAUGACAGCUAAUACCCCGUACAAUAGCCCGACCAAUCCGCCGUUGCUGGUCAUCGGAGUGAAGACCCGAGUCAUCGACGGUUUCCCGUUCCGACAGGCCAUCCGCCGAACCUGGGCAAGCAAGGAUAGCUUACCGGCAAAUGUUCGCGUACUUUUUGCUGCUUGCAGGCUCCCAGGUGAUGCGAGCGAAGACGUUCGUCAGGCUAUCGCCUACGAGCUGAAGAUUUACGGUGGUGACUUGCUCACAGACGUUCUGGACUGCGAGGAUUCGUACGCAACCUUGCCCCACAAGGUCAAAGAAUUUCUUCAUCUCGUUGGAACCGACCAUGCACUGCGACGAGCUGGAUACGUCAUGAUCGCUGAUGAGGACGUGUAUGUACGGGCUGAUGUCUUUGCGGAGCAACUCGCAGCCUUCGAACCCCUCACUGAUCUGUAUGCCGGCCACGUGAAAGAAGGCAACACGUUCCUUCCAGAGCGAGACCCGCAGCGACGCUACUAUCUGCCUGAAUCCGUGUACCCACUUGACGAGUUCCCACCUUUUGCAUGGGGUCCACACUACCUCAUGUCGAUGGACGUGGUUAAUUUCAUUGCGAACAAUCGUGAAGAGUUACAGGGACUCGGAUGCCUGGACGAUGUGACCAUCACAUUGUGGCUUCUUGCCAUCCAAGUCCAUCCGCAGCAUAUCGCUCAAUUCCAAAAUUUGCGUGAGGCACCAUGCACGAACGACCUUCUCGCGUACGCAGACUUGCGGCCAUCCGCCAUGCAAAUUAUCCACACCAACUUGAAGUCAGGUCGCAACUUCUGCCACAGCUUCAAUCGAGCUCAUUUUGCCUUUUCAUCCGGAGAACACAAGCACAUCAAGAAUCACCAACCUUCGCCAUCAACGAUGCCCUCAGCAUUCGCCUUCGUGCCGCCUGUCCAAGGAGAUCUUCCCCACCACCCCCUACCGACUCGAACGUUCCAGUGGACGCCUGUGGAUCCCAACACCACACGUCUUCGCUGGACGCGAUUCCGUACUGUCCCCAAGACCAUCGUCGCGCCUUCUUCAGUAGACAGCACCGCUGUUUCCAAGUGUGCACUUCGUCACGCCGUCCUCAUCCUCGACAGCGCUGCUGCCAUCACGCCGCUGAUCGAGAUCGUCGACAGCUCUGUCACCACACCGCUGAUCGAGACCAGCGAUUCUCACGAGGCUGCCAGCCGCAGCCAAUGUCUGACCAUCAUGCUGUACAAACCUCUAAAGACGCCCCAAGAAGAGCUAAAGCUCGGUUUUUCCUGCACCGACGUCGCCGCACAAGUCCAGAACGCCAAGCCGACGGUGGUCACGACCAUGGACGACUUCACCGGUACGCCCACGUACCACAGCUUGUCAAUCGUCGCAUACAAGGCCCAAGACACCACGGUCUCAAUCCCCUUCUUAAGAAGCUCCUCGGCGGCAUUCAUCAUAGAGCUGUACGUCAGGCUUCUCGCGGUACCUGCAGCAAACGCCUCUCUAAUUGCCGCGGCCGAUGAUGGUUUUAAAACGAGCACCGUCGCAGCUGCCGAUAUUGCCAAUGGCGACAUCAACGAGCUCCAAUCUCAACAAGAAGUCGAGGAAGCCCAUAGACCUGUACUUCCUAGUCGACUCCGUAUCCAACGUGUGCAGCCACACGUACACGACUUGAAGUGGAAGGCUAAGACAGCCGACACCAAGGCUCACCGAGCCACUCGAGUCGCAGCUCGUCCCACGCCAACUUCUACUUCAAUACACCCCGUCCAGCCCAACAAGAACGUGGCGUCCAAGCUGUUCAGCUACCUCAAGGACGCCACGUAUAUCGGAUACCGAGCCGAGUCCAAGGCGCGACGUAGUCAAGCGAAGAGCAGUCCAGUGAAGCGCCCUGCGUCACCUCAGGUUAUGAGCCCAAAUAGGGUCCAUGGCUCGACAACGGACGCACCUGGUGUGGAAGAUCAAAACGCUGGCGGAGUUUCGGCGAAUGGGAGUCGAGGAGCGCGCCGAUUGGCUCAUAAUCCACCACCGCCACAAAGCAAUCCAAGUGACGGCAGUGACCCCAGCACAGGGCACAGCGAAGCCCAGAGCAGUCUACCAAGCAUGCUGGACAACCAGAACCCCGGCGGGCGCUACGACGACGCAGAGCUCGCAGAGCACACGAAGUCGCUGCGCAACAUGGCCGACAUUCGGCUGCCCCCGUUAUCAAAGAAGGAAGAAUACACGGCGUGGCUGCAGCCCAAGGAAGCUGUGACUAAGUAUGUGCAAGACAUUGAUGCUAUAGUGCGCCGACUGCGACUAGCGAAGGGCGAGUUUGAAGAGUGGGAACAUGCAAGUCUACUUAUCUCGAACACGCUGUUGAUGUUUCCUGAGCUGGCACGAGAGCACUCACUCUGGAUGAGCAAGCACGAUCGUCGGACCAUGACACUUGCUGAAGCGCUACAGCGCCUGCGCACUGCGGAACACUCAAGCAACCAGUUGCAACAGCAGAUGUCACUAGCGGCGCCAAGGACAACGCAGUCAAACACGAACCAAGUGAAUAAUGUGAGCCAACAUGCAAGACAAGGACAUGCAGGCAAGCGUCAGAGGCAGCGCAAGGGCAAGAAUGCUGAAAAGAAACAGCGCUAUACCUGUGCUAACUGUGACCAGCAUGGCCAUUGUGAACCGCGUCGUCUGUUUGAGAACCUGGCGCUGAGAUCGCCGCACCCAAGUGAAGGUGCGACUGGUGCAAGCCGUGAGAAACGCUCGGUAUCACCCAUCUACUCUCCGCCAUCAUGUGCAAGCGAUGACGAUGAGACGGAGGAACGCAAAGUCGAACCGGCGGAUGAUAUGAGUGUACCGAUGACGCCGCAGCAAUUGCAACUUCAACCCAGUCAAAGCACGCAACUUACCCAAGUUGAGCAACCUUCACAGGCUGUGCAAGGUGUUCAACCCAAUCAAAGCAUGCAACUUACUCAAGUUGAGCAAACUACUCAAGCUGUGCAAGGCAACCAACCCAUUCAAAGUACCCAACCUAGCCUGAACCUACGUUUGAGCCAGGCCAUAGAGGUGGACCACAAGUGGGUUCAUCUGUGCCAGAAGAUAGCUACCAAGGUCGUUAUGCUGAGCCACAAGGAUAUCAAGGUCUUGAAGGACGACGGUACGAUGGAGGAUCGUAUGGUGGACAGAGAGGAUCGUAUGGACCAUCUUAUGGAGGACUGUUUGAAGGUGAGUGGCCUGGACUAA